UCGUGGUCGAAACGAAAUUUCACAGAGGCAGAGAUCCAGAACAGGACAACAAUCAACAACAAGGGCCUCUCUCUAUUUCUCAGGGUGGUCAGUAGAUGGACAUUUAUUUCCUCUGUCUGAGAGGAGAUUUAUGUCAGCCUAGAAAUGGCAGGGGCUCCCAUGCAAGGUAGCCAGUGUCUUUGGUAUGACCACUACAAAGGAUCUUUAUUUCCACUGGACCUUGAUGCUCCACCUAGCUGCGAACAAAACCGGACGUCUACUUCCUCACUUCUGGAAAUAUGCUGCUCGUAUGUUGUGAAGGAUGCAGCCAUGACCAGGGCAGCAAUAGAUUGUGUGCCAUCCAUCUUGCGUGUGCACAUGAUGGAAGCUGCUUUGAAAGGAAACCACGACAGGUCAAUACAGGCUCUAAUGUCUCGCUGGUCUCUGCAGAGUCUUGUGCUGUCUCGACUGGUGCCCAGUGUUUUCACUUCACUUCUGCCUCUCUAUCGGCCGGUGUAUCAGUCUGAUUUGGUGAGGCAAGGUUUACGAUACACUACAGCUCUGGCACACACAUUCCUGGAGUGUUUGCGGCAAGUAUCAUCCACCAAGAUACGACACCUAGACAUCACAGGAUUUCCUACUGCGGAGGUGAUCCUCUAUUACCUGUGCUCCCACUGCAUGCUGGCUCAUAAUGAGCGACGCAGGAACAACAUGAUAACUCUGUACAACCAGGCUCUUCACCUUGCCCAGGAGUGCCAUGGCUCUACCCCAGACUCACACAGCCCGUUGGACACAUACUUUCAGAACUGUUUACCGGAGAACAUUUCUGUUGAGAUCAAACUGGAUGCGUUUGUGACGUCCGAGUCGUGCCACUCAGAACUCUGUAAAGCGCUCACUGUGUCCGCUUUUCCUGAGACAAGAUUUCGUCUGGUUGUGGAACGACUCAGCAUUACGUGUUUAGGAGGUGAACGAGUUCUACUCUUGCUCAAACAGCUGCGCCCAGAGGAGAUCCGAGGUCUGCAGCUGAAGUACAACUCGCUAGAGAACAGUCAUUUACUGUUGAUGGCUCCAACCCUUCAGUCUCUGACCCAGCUGACCGCCCUGGACCUGUCGUGCAAUCACCUGAACCUCUACCAGGCCUCCUCGGCUCUCAUCUUACAGCAGGUGUUCGCCCCUCUGGUCCAUCUGCGCAGACUCGACCUCAGCAACAACCGGUUGAAGAACCAGCUGGCCACGAUACUGAGCGGCAUUUCUCACCCGCUACAACAGCUGUGCCUAGCUGCAUGUGGACUCACCCCAGCUGAUGUGGGUGCGUUGGCCACCUGCCCUCACACGCUGUCUCUAGAAGAACUGGACCUCAGUGAGAACAGCCUGACGCCGUGCUACGUUUCUCUGGGCCGCAUCCUUGCAAAUAUUUCCUCCUGUGUGAAAGUUCUAGAACUGGAAAACUGUCGCUUCACCGAUGAAAUUGUAAUGAGCCUGACCAUUCAUUUCUCUGGCUUCCAGAACCUGCUGUUUCUCAGCCUGGCAGGCAACACGUGGACCACCAGUACAGUUUUGACUUUGACAAAGGGUGUAGCCAAACUAAAAAAGCUCAAAGUGCUACAACUCUCAUACCCUUAUGAAUGUCACACGGAUGAGGCUUCGUCGGAGGAGUUGGAAUUAUUUAAAGCUACUGUGGCCUCCCUCCUUGAGGCUGAUGAUCUGUUACAUACCCGGCCAAACAAAGUAGAGCUUGUUCUUUUCUGAAGUGGAAAAUGUCCUGUUCUACUACUUAGUCUGUCUCCUUCUUUUUCUUUUCAAUUGCAUCUCAUUUGAAGUCCGGUAUCUAUCAUAUCCUGCUCAGUUCUUUUGUUGGCUCGUACAGCUUCUCCUAUAGUGUCAAUGUGGUUGGCCACGUUGGCCGGGUGGGAAUGGGGUUUGUAAUCUGAGUGCUGUAUUUCUAGUCCAACUAUUUGAAUGCAGCUUUGGAGAGGUAGAAAUCUUACUGUUUUACUUAAUAUGUAUCGAAUAUUUACCACCCCUGGUUAUGAAGUGCUUUUGAAUCUAUUGACAUUUUGAAACAUUUUUUUUUCAUCUAUUUUUGUCUUUUUUAGAAUUCACAUCGAAAGGUUUGUUCAAUACGAUUCUUUUGUCUUUUUGUGCUAGAGUAACUGUACCAGGGCACGACCACAUGGACUAAAAUAUCCUGUUUCGCUUACUGCCGGCAGCUAUCACAACGCUACUGUGUCCGCCAUUAAUUUGGGAUAUCAACUUCCGAUUUCUGCUGUUAGAAUGCGGUUCUCGUCCUUAAUUGUGUUCACAAAAUUGUUUAUAAUAAUGUAACUACUUCGGCAAGGGCGCAACCACUCGGCGAGGGCAUGGCCACCACCAGUGCCAGGCACGACCACUCUGCCUGUUACGCGACCAUUUCGCCCUGGUUGCGACCAGAGUCACCAAAAACUGAACUGUUAGUAUUCAGUAGGUAUAAUAUGUUAGUAAACAAAAUGUGGAUACAGAACUGUUAGACAACAUUCAAACAUGCCAAAUACCGCCUACCUUUGAUGUGUUUUCUUGGUGUGGUCACUCAUGGUGGCGCCAGGGUAGGAGGAUGAAAUUUUCCUGUACUGGGUGCGACCCACCCCUCCCCCCUUCCCCCCCAACUAGGUCAGUUAUGAACAGGCAUCAAAGAAACAUGAUUGAGCAACAAAUGUUAGCAACAAUGAGGCUGGGGUUAGUGUAGAAAGCAAGAAAGGGCCAUAAAUAAUGUCAAUUAUUGAAGGUUAGCGCGACCUUACCUCAGAAACAAUAAAAACUUUUUCGGUGAAAUUUCAAUUUGAUGGUGCCGCCUUUCCAAAACGUACUUGAUUUGAAAAGGAAGCGGAAGUAAACAACCGAAAUUAGUUAAGGGACGCCAUUACCGCUGAAGAUUUUAGCCAAAACUGCCAUGGAAACGGGAGAAUGCGGAAGUAGCCGGGCCCGGGUCACGUUACUCUACCUCUUACUUAGUUUGUUGAUUUUGAAACCAGCAAAGUAUCAAUGGUGUACAUGUACUUUUGAUAUUAUUAUACCUGAAUGAAAGAUAGAUUGUCCAAUCCAAUCUAUAUGCAGUGCUGAGGUAUUCAAGGAAUUUGAUUUUUCCAGUUCGCUUGCAGUGCUAGGGUAGAAAAUAAUGCUUUUUAAAAAAUGUUUGACCUGCCUGUACAGAGAACACCUUUGUACGUUUUUGAUGAACCAUUGGGACUGAUUGCGCGUGUGUGUGUGUGUGCGCGUUCGUGUGUGUGUGCAUGCGUGUGUGAUGCUAUGGGAAGAGGACAGCCAAUUUUGCUAUUCUUUUUUCCUUGAUGCCCUCUAUCGUUGGCUAGCUGUUCAAUUCGUCCCUCAAAACACGUACUAGCGUAAGCCACAUUUUGUUAGUUUUGCACGAGAGACGUUUAAAGAUUAGAGCGAUUUUCACCAUCCCAUUGUGGCGUCAAAUAGCUGACCUUGCCCUUAAUAUUUUGACAUAACGUGUGUGGGCCAACUACUUUUCAAUUGGCUAGAAGCAUCUUUGUGAGAUUAGUAGGUUUUGAAGGGAAAAUGACCUUUUUGUCCGAUACGCUAGUACGUGCUACGUCAAUGAAAGCCUCGAUGUGUGGCUUACGUUAUUAGAUUGUUGGAUACGUUAGUACGUGCUUUUGUAUUCUAAAGCAUAAUGCGUUCAUUGCGUGGCUUAAGCCUAAAUGGUAACUUCCAAAUAACAAUAAAAAUACAAAGAAAGAUCGAUUUGGUUUAAAAUUCACGGGCUGUAUUAUCCGUAACAAAUGACAAUGUUAACAACAACUCGAAAUAUGCAGACGCCAACUGAACAUGAUAAAAAAAUCAAC